AAGAUUCGCUCAAUAUUCAUGUGAUUUUAAUCAGGAUUACACAUUCUCGAUAAUAUGAAAGUGUCUCCGAUCUUGAGAAUUGUACUUUGCAAGCUUUAAAACUGUUUGAUCUAAGAGCUCUAUCGAUAUUGAGAUCCUAGAAGUACAUCUAUUUUACUUAUAACGAAAACAUUCGCCUACGGAUGGAAUUUAUCAUAAUUAAUACAGUACGGUGACGCGAAUGUGCGAAAGUUUCUCAAGUGAACUUCGUGCCAAGUUACGAAUAUGACCAACUCGAACGGUAGCCGACAGAUGUCGCGGCGAGUAUCUUUCUCGCCGUGACAGCUACGCCGGCGGGCCACGUGACCCCCACUGGUCCACCAUCUUGCGUGUGUUUGUCGUGGAUGGUCGCGAACUUUGUUGUGCGCGUCCGCGGGUUUCGGCGUGACGCGUGAUAUGUGUGGACGUAAGGGUGCAGCGAGGUGGAAGGCGUUCGACGACGGUGACGCAACGUGACGACUCAGCUCGGAGGGUGUCCGGCGUGUGCGGUGACGAGCGGCCCGGGAGGGCGGACGACGAUCGACGCUGGGCGUCUUCGUUCUUGUGGCGAAAGAAGAAAGCGAGAUUAGUAAAGACUCGAAAUUCCAUUACAAAUAUAAGAAGAGGAAGCGGACGGAUAAAAAUCGCAAAAUGGAUGAAAAUCAACAGCGGGGACCGGUAUUUCGGUCACUCAACAGUCAACACGAAUCCUUCGUCAGAUUUAUUAAUACAACACCUCAUACUAUUACUUUAUACUGGAUGGAUUAUCAAGGGCAGGCAAUUGAUUAUGGCGAUCUGUCAUCUGGGGACUACAGGGAAAUAAACACGUUUUAUACGCAUCCGUGGAUUUUCGUCAAUAAAGAAACGGGCGACAGUCCACAGAGUACGAAAUAUUUUCGAAAUAUUGGCAUCAAAAUAGACGGAUUAAUAAUGACUAGGGCAAAACGAAACAGGUAUUUGGUGGGCCAGCGUGAUGUUUUCUUUCCGGCGCCGUGGUUUCUCCAGUACCGUGGUGUUACGCAAGACAAACUGCCGCAAAGAAUCGAGAGGACCAACGUGUACAUCGUGCUACCGAUGUUUACUCUACAGCAAUUAUCACUGAGAGUCAUCAAAAACUGUCUUACGUACGAUUCGCAGGCUUUUCAUCUUGAUAUUCCACGGAGUCUCCAGUUAGAACUUGUUACAAUGCUACCGAAGAAACCUCAACCUUCGUGAUGUGUUCUCUCGUAAUGUACUAUUGUUUUUACGAACGAUUGUGGUAAUACCGCGAUUAAGAUAAUAAUUCCAAAACUUGGACAUUUGUUUGUAAUUUUUGCAAAG